CGCUCUGACAGUAUCGCGUUUUGGUAAAUAAAAAAAAAAUUGCUGCUAAAAAAGUGUGAGACAGAAAAUUAACUGAAUAAAGAGCAAAUUCGACUGAAAAAUGGGUGAGAAACGAAAGCAUAUGGAGGAUGAGUUGUCUCGAUUCGAGGCAGAAAUCUCAGGUGCAACGAGUGGCAGUGGUCCGAAUUCCGGUUCGAACAGUUUAUUUAUUCCACAUCAAUUGCGACCGGUUGUUUGUGCAAAUACUUACAGUCAAGUCCAGCAAAAGUUGCAACAAAAUCCGCUACCGAAACCAGGUCCAGGUCCAGGUCAAGGUCCAAUGAUGAACAAUAUGCCACCGCCACCACCGCAUAUUGCACCGGCCUUUGUAUCCACGUUCCUUCCCCAUUCAGACCAUUCAGUUCCAGAGAAAUCAUACAGUUCUGAACCGACACCGGUUGUACUCAGUAGUGCACCAAAAUUAUACACCAAUCGAAUGUCUAUCAAUCCAACAGAAACACCAAUCGCACCACAAAUUGACAUUUCCAACAUUCAAUUCGAUGUGACACAAAAAUUGAAAAAACUCAAAACAGAGAAACCCAACGGACCAAAUCCAAUCGCAGAAGCCGCCAUUCAGGCGGCUAAAGCAUCGUCAGCUUUGCAAAACUUUCAAAUUAACGAAAAACGGAAGAAGGAUAAAAAGACGGUACGAGUUGCAGGUGGACAGGUCUGGGAGGAUCCUUCACUCGCCGAUUGGGAAUCGGAUGAUUUUCGUAUCUUCUGCGGUGAUUUGGGAAAUGAUGUCAACGAUGAGCUCCUCACGCGAACAUUCAAUAAAUUCCCAUCAUUUACCAGGGCAAAAGUGAUUCGAGACAAGCGAACGGGCAAAUCGAAAGGUUUUGGCUUUGUUUCAUUCAAAGAACCAGGCGAUUUCAUACGGGCCAUGAAGGAGAUGGACGGUCGAUAUGUCGGAAGUCGUCCAAUCAAAUUGCGUAAGAGUACUUGGCGGGCAAGAAGCUUUGAAGUGGUGAAACGGAAGGAAAAGGAAAAGGCACAACUUUUACAAAUGUUUAACAAAUAAACAAGAUCAAAGUCCUGUUGGAGCGGAAGAUAAUCAUUUUUUGUGCGGCGAUGGAACAUUCGAUUCAUUUUGGAAUAUUGUAUAAAUUCAAAUUGAUUUGAGUGUUUUGGAUUUUAGCUGAAAAAAAAAUUGUGCUUACCUUUGAAUCAAAAAUCUAGAAUAAAAAAAAACUCAUUUUGGUAAAGAAACAGAAUUA